AAAUCUUCUUCUUUAUGUUUUUCAAUAAUGAUAGGAAGUUUACAAUUUUCAUUUUCCCAAAUAUUUGCCAAGAGAUGAACAUGAGGCGAAACUCUUUCCAUUUUUUUUUAAAAUUUAAAGAUUUAAAUAGAUUAAAUCUAUUUACAAAACUCUUUACAAAACCAACACUCAAUAAGCAUGCUUAAUAUUUCAGAUCAACGUUUGUCAAUAUAAAAAUCGUUUAAUUAUCAUCCAUGAUGAUGAUAAAGCCAUUUUCGGAGGAAUCAAAAAUAGCCUUCAUUAAAUCUUUAAAAAAAAAAUCAAAAAAAUGUCCCAAACAAUUCCUCAACAUAUUCAACAACUCGUCGAUCAAUGGUUGGAGCUUGAUCCUUUUGAAGUGACUAGAAAGGAUAUUCAAAACCUUGUCCAACAGGGAAAUGUAGCUGAAUUGGAAAAGAGAUUAUGUAAGCGUAUUGAAUUUGGUACAGCUGGCUUGAGAAGUUUGAUGGCUGCUGGAUUUUCAUGCAUGAAUGAAUUGAUUAUUUUGCAAACAUCUCAAGGAGUUUGUAAAUACAUUGAAGAAUGUACAAAAGAUGUUAGUGAUAGGAGCAAAGUUUCUGUAGUUGUCGGAUAUGAUGGCAGACAUCAUUCUAAACAAUAUGCAAACUUGACUGCUGGUGUUUUCCUCUCCAAGGGAUACACUGUACAUUUGUUUAGAACAAUGGUAUGCACACCAUUUGUUCCUUUUGCUGUCAGUAAUAUUAAUAGAAGUAAUAGUGGAGAGAGAUGCAUUGCUGGUGUCAUGGUUACUGCAUCACACAACCCAAAGCAAGAUAAUGGUUAUAAAUUAUAUUGGGAAAAUGGUUGUCAAAUUAUUCCUCCACAAGAUGAAUACAUUUCUGCUGCUAUCAUGCAAAAUUUAUCAAUUUGGGAAGAAGUUAGAAAACAAUUAAAGACAGACGGAAAUGGAGGUGAUGAAGAACAAGUUAUUGAUUUGUCUCCAUGGUCUCACUUGUUGCAAGAUCCAACCAAAACUCAAGCUGAUGAAUAUUUUGAAGCCAUUCGUAAAUAUAAUUACAGCAAUGGUAAGCCAGUUAUUUCCGAUGAGAAAAUUGUAUAUACUGCUAUGCAUGGUGUUGGUACUCCUUUCACAUAUAGAGCUAUUGAUUUGUAUGGUUUACCAAAAUGCAUUCCUGUUGAAGAGCAAAUUGAAGCUGAUCCAGAAUUUACCACUGUAAAAUAUCCAAAUCCUGAGGAAGGUAAAGGUGCUCUCAAACUUGCCAUGGACAAGUGUGAAAAGGAAGGUGCUAUUCUCAUUUUGGCUAACGAUCCAGAUGCUGACAGAUUGGCUGUUGCUGAAAGACAAGUUGAUGGAUCUUGGAGAAUUUUCAAUGGUAACGAAAUUGCCAUGUUGUUGGCUGAUUGGGUUUGGACUCAAUAUAAGACUUCUCAUCCAAACGAAGACUACGCCAAGUGUGUCAUGAUUGCCAGUACCGUCAGUUCAAAGAUUUUGAGAGCUAUGGCUGCUCAUGAAGGUUUCAAGUUUGAUGAAACUCUCACUGGUUUCAAAUGGAUUGGUAACAGAGCUGAUCAAUAUAUCAAGGAUGGAUACACUUUCUUGUUAGGUUAUGAAGUUGAAAUUGGAUUCUUGGUUGGUGACUGUAGUUUGGAUAAGGAUGGUGUUAGAGCUGCUUCAGUUUUUGCUGAAAUGGCCCACAGUCACUACAAGGGAGGUGUUGUUAAACGUUUGAGUGAACAAAUUGAAAAUAUCUAUAAGAAGUAUGGUUUCUUUGCCAUGAAGACUCGUUACUUCUUCACACCAUCCACUGACUUGUUGCACAAGGUUAUGGAAGAACUCAGAAAGAUUGAAAAUGGUGGAUAUCCAACCUUCAUUCCAAGUAUUAGAGAUAGUUCAAAGCACUUCAAGAUUGCUUCUCUCAGAGAUUUGACUAAAGACUAUGAUUCUGCCCAAAAGGAUAACAAGCCACUUCUUCCUGCCACUCCAACUUCUCAAAUGAUUACUUUCACUUUUGAAAAUGGUACUUCUGCAACCAUCAGAAACAGUGGUACUGAACCAAAGCUUAAAUGGUACGUUGAAACCAAUGACAUGGAUAAGCAAAAGGCCUUUGACUUGUUGGAAGAAAUUACCCCUUCAAUUUUGGAAUACUUGUUGAAACCAAAGGAAAAUGGACUUGUUGCUCCACAAGAUUAAAUUAUUUUUUAAUGUA